AUGAUUGGCUCAUACGCAGCCCAGUUGUCCCUUCGGGCGAGCCGGCAGGGAUCCCAAGUGCUGUCCAAAAAUGCACGUCUUCUUGUCCAGUCAAAUGUGUUCAAAACUGAAUCUCUUCGGAGAGAUGGAUUCCGAUGUAUAUCUACAUCAGUCCAGUCAACAUUGAACCGAUCACCUAGAUUGAAACCUCGUUGUCUUCAGACAACCCUGAUUGCACCAUCAUUCUUCACCCAGCAAAGAUGGUCCGGGUCAAAAUCAGCCAAAUCUCCUGAACAACCCGAGGGAUCCAAGAAAAAACCUAUUCUAUCACGGAUUCCCCUGCCAACCUCCCACGAGAAUAUCUACACUGUGCCCAACAUUCUCACAUUCUCCCGGCUGCUGGCCGCGCCCGUGGUCGGGUAUCUCCUAGUCCACAACUACCACACAGCAGCGUUAUCCCUGUUCGCCUACGCGGGCAUCACCGAUCUCGUCGAUGGGUACAUCGCCCGGCGGUAUAACCUCCAAACUGUGGUUGGAACGAUCAUUGAUCCCAUGGCCGAUAAGCUGUUGAUGACCAUUGGUGUCGCGUGUCUGGCCGUGAAUGGCUCUCUUCCUAUCUGGCUCGCUGUGAUCAUCCUCGGUCGCGAUCUGGGUCUGGCUAUUUCGGCUAUCUAUUACCGUUGGAUUUCGCUACCUGAGCCCAAGACCAUGGCCCGGUACUGGGAUUUCUCACUUCCCUCGGCGGAAGUCAAGCCCACUGAGAUUUCGAAGAUCAAUACUGCCCUACAGCUGGUGUUGGUGGGUAGUGCGAUUGCGCUGCCUGUGGUCCCCGAGGCGUUUGUGAGUGCAUGGCAUUUGAGCGAGGCUAUGACUGGAUUCCAGUAA